AUGAGAGACUCCCUCGAGCUAGCGUCACUCGCCUCCUCGGAGGAUGAGUUAGCACAAUCUUCAUCGGACUCUGGAGCUGGUUCGUCACGCAGAGCUUCUCUGGAAAAUGAGGACCCUAUAUCAGGUGAAUUAUACGAAUCCACGCGACGGGGCCAUGGCCGAUCCUAUUCUGUUUCCUCCGCCUUCGAUUUCGGAAGCAAUCUAUUCCCUCUCUCCCAGACGGUUGGAGGCUAUGCGCCACUAGGUGCGCCCUCAGCGGUAUCCCUAGAACACAAUGCUGGUAUAGCAGAUCGCUCGCUGGACAGACACAAGACAUUAACAUACCUAAACGGGCUAUCGUUGAUCAUUGGGCUAAUAAUCGGGUCUGGGAUAUUUUCUUCACCUGGUCAGGUAAACAGCAAUGCAGGUUCUCCCGGUGCCUCACUCAUCGUAUGGGUUGUCGCCGGUAUGCUUGCAUGGACAGGCGCCUCGAGCUAUGCAGAGCUGGGUGGAGCCAUACCGCUCAAUGGUGGUGCACAGAUCUACCUAUCGAAGAUAUUUGGUGAACUGGCCGGAUUCCUCUUUACAUGGACUGCUGUUUUCGUUCUGAAGCCUGGUUCUAACGCUAUAAUAUCAAUUAUAUUCGGAGAAUAUAUUGUUGAAGCGAUAGUUGGCACGGGGGUAGACUCCGUUAACCCCUGGAUUGCCAAGGGGGUCGCCCUAGCAGGUGUUAUGAUCGUUACCAUGUUGAACUGUAUAUCAACGAAAUUGGGCACUCGAAUCGGGAAUCUUUUCAUGUUCUUCAAAUUUAUUGCACUGCUUGCCGUCACAGUCAUCGGAAUAGUGGCUGCAAUCACAGGUCUUUCAUAUGACGGCAAUCCAAACAAGGAGUGGAAAACGAAGAAUUGGUUCGAAGGGACAAGUACAAGCAUUUCCAGCUGGGCUGUAGCUUUGUACUCUGGGCUGUGGGCAUUUGAUGGAUGGGAGAACACAAACUACGUCACAGGGGAGUUUAAGAACGCUGGUCGCGAUCUACCCCGUGUGAUUCACACCGCAAUGCCGCUAAUGAUAGUUUGUUACGUUCUCGCAAAUAUUUCAUACGUCCUAGUUCUGCCGGCGUCUACUAUUUCAGGCACCAAUACCAUUGCAGUGCACUUUGGAGCUAAAGUAUUCGGUCCCAUUGGAGCUGCUGCCCUUGCGCUUGUCGUAUCUGGAAGCUGUAUUGGUGCGCUCAAUGCUUCUAUAUUUACAAGCGGUAGAUUAAUCUAUGCUGCUGGUAAAGAAGGCUACCUUCCAUCUAUAUUUUGCAGGGUAGGGCUUAGCGAGUCAGCACAUCCAACGGCAGGGCGUUUACAGCGCCGCUCCUUUAUGAAAAAGGCAAUCUUUCGUGUGUUUGGGGAUGAUAUUGGCAUCGGAUAUACCCCCAUUUACGCGAUGGUUUUUAACAUGGCACUCUGCAUGUGCUACAUUCUUGUUGGCGAAUUUAAGACCUUGGUCACCUUCUACGGAGUGGCGGGGUACUCUUUCUAUUUCCUGACGGUUCUAGGCCUUAUUGUGCUACGAAUUCGUGAACCACGGUUAGAGCGGCCCUAUAAAACGUGGAUAUCAACCCCGAUCAUCUUCUGCUGUGUGAGCUUGUUCCUGCUCAGCCGAGCGGUAUUUGUUGAGCCACUGCAGGCGCUCACUGUGGUUGGUUUUUGGGUUAUUGGGGUCCCUGUAUAUUACUGGCGAAUACAUCAACGUGAUGGAAAGUUCAAGCUUGGACGGGGAUGGUGGAAAUUCUGGGUGAAAUCCCAGGCAUGA